AUGAAUGUCAUCCUGUUGUUUGCAAAGCCUGUUCCUGUUCCAGAUGACUGCAUAGAUCCCCGAUGGAAAUGGUUCAAGAACUGUCUAGGAGCAUUAGAUGGAACAUAUAUAGAUGUGACUGUCCCUGAAGAAGAUAAAUCAAGAUACAGAACAAGAAAAGGAUCCACAUCGGAUUCAAGAGUCCUUAGAGAUGCAAUUUCACGUCGUAAUAACCUCAAGAUACCAAUUGGGAAUUAUUAUUUAGUGGAUGCUGGUUAUACUAAUUGCAAGGGGUUUCUAGCACCAUAUAGGCAAACUCGAUACCACGUACAAGAAUGGGCCUAUGGUAGAAAUGCGCCUAGAAACUUUCGAGAAUAUUUUAACAAGAAGCACUCUUCAGCUAGGAACAUUAUUGAACGUUGUUUUGGUUUAUUGAAGAAGAGAUGGGCAAUUUUGAGGAGUCCUUGUUUCUACCAAAUCAAGACACAAAAUAAAAUAAUUAUUGCUUGUUGUUUAUUACAAAAUUUUAUUCGGCUUAAUAUGGACUCCGAUCCUGAGGAGGACAUAUCACUUGAGAAUGAGCAAGUGCUUAUUGGAGAGGAGCAUGGUGAUAACCAAGAUGGCGAUGAUGAAAUGAUUGAUAGUGUAGAGGGCAGCAAUGAAUGGAAUGAUUGGCGAGACAACUUAGCACAUGAAAUGUACAAUGAGUGGAUGCAUAGCCGAAUUAAUUAA